AUGACUACUACUAUGCAGGAAAAGCGCGGCCAAGUGUGCGAUAAUUGCCGCUUCCGAAAGGUCAAGUGUGAUCGUGGUUUACCUUGCAAGAAUUGCCACCUCGGUGAUCUCCGUUGUCAAUACCGUCACAGCAUUCGGAGGAAAGGACCAAAGCAGGGCCAAGGAAGACGACAGGCGCAGCUUCGACAGGGCCUUGAAACUCUUGAUGCAUACCAAUUCAGGAUCGUCACGCCGGGGGAUCAAUCGAAUGCAGCACAGCAAAACAAAAGUGAGCCACCAUCACAAACACAGGCCCAAGCACAGGUACCAUCACCACCGCAGCACGACUUUCAACCUCUUCCACCUCCACAAGACGCGAAUUUGGGCGACACGACUCUGUACAUUGGACCAGAGAUACCAACCUUAACCAAUGACUCUAUUUUCGAAACCGAAGACCUCUGCAACCGCAUGUCGCUAUCCCUCGUCGCUCACAUACAGCUCUUUCAGAGAUUUCUCUAUCCGAUCAUGCCCGUGGUCGACGACGACAUUCUCGCCGAUGCUGCCAAAAUAGACCAACUUCCGCCUUCACGGUAUGCCCUCAUACUUGCUAUAUGUGCCGCGACAAGAAUGCAACUACGACUGGAUAAACGUGUUGACGGGUCCGACAACGACCUCAACACGGAAAUCCCACCUGAACCACGGCUAGACGGAGACAUUUUGGUGAGCCUUGCCGAGAAUUCUCUACGACAGUACAGUGUCAUUGAUGAUACGACUCUCGACUCUGUUCUGGUUUCAUUCUUCCUUUUUGCGAGCUACGGGAACCUCAACGACUCUCGUCAUGCGUGGUACUACCUCAAUCAGAGCAUCACUCUCGCCCAGGCGCUUGACUUGACUCGGGAAUCAGGAUACCAUGGAUUACCUGACAAGGAUAGAGAAAAGAGACGACGUGUGUUUUGGCUUUUAUUCGUAACAGAACGGACGUUCGCCUUACAGCAUCGAAGACCAGUCAUGUUACGAAGUACUGUGAACAAGCCACAAAUUGUUGACUCGAACUGUCCUGUUGUCAUGCACGAUUUUAUAAACCACAUCAGCCUGUUUGAAUCACUCCCAUACUCAUUAUAUGAAUGGCAACCAGAAAACGACGACAGACGAUUCGAAGAUUUGAAACUUGUCCACAACAUAAACGAGAAGCUAUGUAGGGUCAAACCAGAACAAUCAAUCAUUGAAAGCCAACGGUUCGAUACCCUUAUAACGCAGCAAUGGCUUCGGGUAUCUAUGUGGCGUAUUGCAUUUGGACAGAACCCAUCUUCUGCGUCUGGAUUUGGGCUUUUACUUCCUCCUGCCCUUCCAAUGGAUGCAGGGAAGAUCAUCAUGUCAGCUUUGGGGUCCGUGGGGACCAAGUCUAAAGACUGCCAUGGUAUCGGAAUGGAACAAAAGUUAUUCGAUGUCGGAGUCAGUCUUGCUGACACGGCUCAAAUUCCCGGCUGGACAUGCAAUGCACUAGAUAACGGCCCUCGUGAUUUACUCUCUGUAGUAAUCCAUGCUCUAUCUACUGUUCGCGGAUCACAGUCACACCUGCUACCCAAUCUUCUCAAGCACUCAGAAUCAUUGUUCUCUCUCUCAGAUCCGAGCGCACAUAUCGAUUUUCAGUGGGAUAUGCUGGACGGCCAAAAUUGUAAGAUAGAUGCUAUUGUGGAGGAGAUAGCGGAAGAAAGUGACGAAUUUGUUGAGCCGUUGGAUUGGGAACCGGAGACUGGUCUUGACCUCUUGGAUUUAAGCACACCUGUUGUGACUGCCACGUGGAGUGAUGCAUCGGUAGUGUGUGAUCAGUUUGAUCCCGAGAUUGGUUUGUCGUUCAAUUGA